CAAAAAGUAACUUACCCUAGAUAUCAAGUUCUCUUGUCUUCUCCAGUAUCCAUCUCUCCCAAUCUUUCAAAUUCCUUUCUGAAAAUCUUUAGAGAACAAAAAAAAAAACAAGCAAGAAAGAAAAUGGUACUAAGUAAUAAUGUCAUAGGGUGCAUCAACUUUGUAGCCAUGCUAUUGUCAAUUCCAGUGAUUGGUGCUGGAAUCUGGCUAGCAAUGGAAACUGACAACUCUUGUGUCAAGAUUCUACAAUGGCCAGUUAUUAUCUUAGGAGUUCUCAUUUUAGUUGUCGCUCUUGCUGGUUUUAUUGGAGGGUUUUGGAGGAUUCCAACACUGCUCAUUUUCUACCUCAUUGCUAUGCUCAUUCUCAUAGUUUUGCUUGCAUGUUUGGUAGUUUUUAUUUACAUGGUCACUAUUAGAGGUUCAGGCCAUAUGGAACCAAGUAGGGCUUAUUUGGAAUACCAUCUUGAUGACUAUUCUGGCUGGCUUAGAAGGAGAGUUCAAAGUUCUUACAAAUGGGAUAGAAUAAGAAGUUGCCUUAGCUCCACAACUAUGUGCGCUCAGUUGAAUCAAAGUUAUCGCAUGGCUCAAGAUUUCUUUAAUGCUCCUCUUAGCCCUUUGCAGGUAAGUUUUUCUUGCAUGAAUUCAUGCUUUUGUGAUUUUUCAACUCAUAUAAAAGGUAGCACAUGAGAUUUCCUGGUUUAGUAUAAAAAGGAAAACGGAAAAUAAUUCUACCAAGAAACUUUUUUAUUUUUUUCCUACGAAAUCUUAUGGAGAUUUAAUAUUGUUUCCCAUUUUUGCUCUCUUAGAAUGGAUUGAAAAUAAAGUAGGUAGUAGCUACGUCUUCUAAUUUAUGCGUGUACGAAGCAAAAUAUUACUUAAUCAUGUUAGUAUGUAUAUUUUAAGUCCAGUAUUAUUUGCUUGGAGGCGUCUAUUCUGUAAUAUUGUAAUGUUAAGAGUUUAGGUGGACCUUAAUAGACAGGCAUCAAAGUGAGGAUUCAUAAAAUCGUCACCAAAUUGAUUUGGGUUGAAGUUGUUGUUUUCCUUGUAUUAAGAAAAGUAUUAUAAAUUCUUAUGAUGGGAAGCUUUCUUUCUUAGAGGACAACCCUUUUCAACUGUGAUUAUACCUGGAGUGAUUCCAACAUCAAACAAGUAUACAUAAAGCAUAGACAAGAAUUAACAAAAGCAAGCAAGUUUUUACUUAAAAGACGCAAGAAUCUUAUCCUUUUCCAUGUGGUAAUAUGCCUUGGAACUAAAUUCUUUUUAGGCAUUCUUCACGUAUGUUUUCUUUUUGCAGUCAGGGUGCUGUCCCAUAUAUGUUGAAGUUUAAUUAGAAAAAAUUUAAAAACUUGUCCCAUAUAUGUUGAACUAUUUUUUAACCUAAAGGCAUUGGGAUUGAUGUCUUGGCUA